GCACGGCCCGCGUGCCCACCCCCCCCUCUGCUGACAUCACCGCCCCCACUCGGCGGAGGAGACGGAGACGUUCGCCGCACGCACAGCGCCCAGCCGCCCCGCAGCGCCCAGCCGCAUCGCACAUCUACCCACCCUCCAGGUGCUGAACUCACCUGGUGACGUCACCAAGCGAGAGCGCGUGCCGCCGAGCAUCUCUGUUGCCAUGGAAACCCCCGCCUCUGAGGGAGACCCGUCACCGCUGUGCGAACCCGAUCUCCCGGUCGCCACGGCGACGGGACACGGCAGCCUCCACGAAGGGGGCUUCGCAUCCCCCCUGCCCUUGGGGGGCCCCGGCUCCUGGCAGGGCCCCCCAUCGUCCAUGGACCCCCAGGAGUCGUGGCAGCAGCUGAGCGAUGUGGGGGUGGAGCCGAGCGACCACUCGUCUUCCAACUCCGACAUCGUCCACGUGGAGACGGAGGAGCUCAGCGAUGGCACGGAGACAGAGGAGGCGCCCGUGUCGGCGCUGGGAGCGGCGGAGCUGGGGGCGACCCCGGGGAUGGUGCACACGCAGUGGAUGGAGAGCGGGCAGGUCCCCUUCGGCGGGCUCGACCUGAGCAAGGAGCUCAACAGACUCGCCCAGGUCCAGGAGAUGAUGAAGAGAAUCAACGUGGUCCCACUUCCGGAUGAUGAGCAGGAGGAGGAGGAGGAGGUUAAACCAGUCCCAGAGGUUAAGCCAGCACCAGAGGUUAAACCAGUGCCAGUUGUUAAGCCAGUACCGGAGGUUAAACCAGUUCCAGAAAUUAAACCAGUGCCAGAGGUUAAACCGAAAACAGAGGUUAAACCAAUCCCGGAAGUUAAACCAGCGCCAGUGGUUAAGCCAAUUCCAGAAAUUAAACCAGUACCAGAGGUUAAACCAGUACCAGUGGUCAAGCCAAUUCCAGAAAUUAAACCAGCACCAGAGGUUAAACCAGUACCAGAGGUUAAGCCAGUACCGGAGGUUAAACCAGUACCAGAGGUUAAGCCAGUUCCAGUGGUAAAGCCAGUGCAAGAGGUUAAACCAGUACCAGAGGUUAAACCAGUUCCAGAGGUUAAACCAGUCCCAGAAGUUAAACCUGUACCAGAGGUUAAGCCCAAGCCAGGAUUUGCGCCUCUGUCCGAGUUUAAAUCUUCGGAAGCCGAGUUCUCUCUGGCAGCGGAGGAGGUGAAGCCUCGGCCGGCGGUGGAGCCUGUGCCAGGUUCCAGGCCGGAGCCUGGAGCCGGGCCGGAGCCUGGAGCCAGAGCCAAGGCGGAGGGCGCCGCGCCGUCGCCGCACGCGGCCGAGAGCAACUUCCUGCUGUACGGCGGCGCCGCCGUGGCCGCCGUGGCCGUCAUCGUGGGGCUCAUUCUCGCCGUGAGACGCGCAUUCGAGUGACCCCCGCGACCGGGACGCUCGUCGCCUGCGCUCGAACCCGCUGCCUCCGCCCAAAUGUCCGCCCGCCCGUUUUUGUCUCUCCCCCCCCAACUCCCCCCUCCAACGCACGCACGCGCUUUAAACACCGGCAUGGGGAGAAGGGGGACGGGGCGAGCGGUAUUGGCGCUGAAGACGUGAACCCUACCCCGAACCUCCCAUUCACUCGCACCAGCCCCCUAUAGCCAACCCCCUAGCGCUCAAGCCUGACUCGCCAGCCCCGAGUCCGGCUCUCCACCUCACGCACGCCAACGACAGCCGAGCGGCCACUGGCACUUGCCCUCCCAGUAAACCUGACCUGAGCCGCAAUAGCCAAUCACUCGCUCCGUCCCCACCGACCUCUACCCGACCUAUCGAUUGCCCUUCAGCCGUUCCUCUCACCCUAACCCGACCCCUAACCCGCACUUGGGGACAGAACUCUCGUCGCCGUUUGUCUGCUCCACAGCGCGUGGGCGUUCACGGGCGAUAAACAUCGCCGCUGCCGCCAGUUCGAUUCUGGUGGCAGAGGAGCGAUGAGCCGAGUUGAUGGCACGCGUGGGGCGACUAAACACAAAACUGCAAGCACCACGAGAGAGACUCACCUCCCGAGUCGCUGCGCGCAGACGUGUCAACGCCGUUCGAACGUGGGCACCGAGGUGGGUGCCUUAGGGCGAGGGUGGCGGUGGCGUCCAGGCUAGCGAUCGACCACAGCACCCCGCUCACGGGGGUCACCCACGUCUAAGGGGGGUCUCCCUGGGACUCCACAGUCCGCGGUUUCACCUCGACCCUGGGCGAGGGGGGAGCGGGGGUGUGCGAGGCCCCCCCCCCCCCCCCCCCCCCGGAGCGAACCCCACCGCGCGAUGCCGAGGGGCCAGAGUUCGCCCCGCGGCCCGGGCCGCUCGGCUCCGGUGCGGACUGCGCACGCCCAGGGCUGGGCCCAGAUGGACCCUGAGCCAGGGAGGGGCGCGGGGGGUGUCCUCGUUCAGCCCCGGGGUGGUGGGUGGGGGCAAAGACGAUCCGGGUGGAGGGUGGGGGCUGGGGUCCAGCCCCGCGCCGGGGCUCACCGUGGCCAGUGCGGGGCCGCCACGGGCGCGGCCUGGAGCAGCGGGGGGCACACGUGGUGUGCGGGGUGCACAGGCGGUAGCUAUGCACGGGGGAUCAACACCCCCCCCCGCCUCCUCCUCCCCCGCUAGCUAAACCCGCGCGUUGCGCAUCGUGCUGCCGUGGUGCGCUGAGCACAGGCACGCACACACAGGUAGACACACACACCUGUGUACACACACACGUAGAUAUGUGUACACACGUAGAUGCACAUAGAGAUGCACAUAUACACAGACAAUAGAGGCGCAUGCACACAAGUGAGAAAUACAUGCACACAUGGAUCCACGUAUACCUGCACGUAUACACAUGAAGUACACGUGCGCAGUUAGGGGGUGGGCGAUAGCGGGUGGCGGGGGGAGGGGAUGGGAAUCCCCUCGCCCUCCCCCCUCAAUUGCUGCCCCCACCCCCCUCAAUUGCUGCCCCCACCCCUGACCCUCCGACUGCCCUCGACUCUCAAGCGAUCUCCACAUCCCGGGUCGCCUCCUCGCAUCUCGACCCCCCCCCCCCACCACGCGGUGCUGCCCCCCACCACGUCACCCACCACGUGGUGCUGCCCCCCACCACGUCACCCACCACGCGGUGCUGCCCCCCACCACGUCACCCACCACGUGGUGCUGCCCCCCACCACGUCACCCACCACGUGGUGCUGCCCCCAUCACGUGGUGCUGCCCCCCACUGGCUUCUCGCGGGUCUAGUUUUAAUAUUCACGUGGUUCUUUUUAGCUUUCUCUCAUUAUCCCGUGCAAGUUGUAUUCUCGUGCUGCUCUCGGCGUUAGAUCGUUAGGCGAAAACGCUUCCAGUAAACAGCGGCACACCGCUUCGUGUUCGAGAGAAGAGACCGCGGCAGGUGACUGAAGGUCGCGGCGAGACAGACGGCGAGACAGACACGUGAUGCUGACGAGGAGGGAGACACGGGGAGAGACAAUGUGAGGGGGGUCCUCAACAAACUGGGGGUGGGCCCCGUACGUGGGUAGAGACUGCACUGUGUGUGUAUGUGUGGGGGGAGCGGUGGCGCAGUGGUUAGCGCAAUGUGCUGCGAACAUGGCGACUUGAGUUCGAAUUCUGCUCGCAGCCAAAAUUGGUGACGAAUAUCCGAACAUGUCCUGGGCCUCAAAACGAGGUGGACCGAUAUCAGUGCCUGGUGCGGUGUGUGAACAUCAGCACUGGGGAGACAAAGACGGUCGGACGUGGCGCUGGCAACUCCACCCCCUCGUGGCGUCGUUGCGGCCCCUUAUAGGUGCUCGCUAACAGCACGGCUCUUGCCCCAACAGUCUGGUAAAGGCUAUGAUGAGGGGGGGGGGGUGUCUUUGUCUUUAGUAUGAAUGAAUAAGUGCAAGCACAGCACAGUGGGCAGCACAGGAGGUGCAUCUGCCAGCCAUCUCGGUCAGUCGGCCCGUGCCGCGCACCUGGCUGGGUCUCUCCCUGCCAGCAGCGAGAGCCUCCCACACGUCACGUGAUCGCCUCGACGUGCACCUAUCCUGGCACAAUCGUCGUGGUAACGUGACCGCCACUGAGUGGGUAAAUGACGGCUGCUAUGUGUACACGGCGCGUGUGUUUGUGUGCUUGGUUGCACGCUCCGCUGUAAUAAAAUUGCUGCUCCCAA